CCUAUAUAAGGCGUUCUUUCCUCGGUGUCCUGCUUCUGAUCCUGAUACUGCACCGGGAAGACCGAGGGCGUGGGAGAUCCGGCACCAGCCAAGCAAGUUUUAUAGAAAAAAGAAAUCUCGUAACAUUUGCUGAUAUGGUUUUUAUAUGAACCUUGAUAAUUCGGGUGAAAGCGAGCCUUCACAUAGGUUUGCAAGAGAGAUGUCUUAUUCCAGAAGAUCAAGGUAUUCUCGAUCGCCUUCUCCAUACAAGCGAUAUGGGAGGUCUAUCUCUAGGUCUCUGUCUAGGUCAAGAUCUAGGAGUUUUUCAAGGAGCCCAUCAAGGGAAGCAGAGAAUCCUGGUAACAACUUGUAUGUUACUGGCUUGUCUCCUCGGAUUACUAAGAGAGAGCUGGAGAAGCAUUUUGCAAGUGAGGGAAGAGUGAUUGAUGUUCAUUUAGUUGUUGAUCCUUGGACAAGAGAAUCACGAGGGUUUGGAUUUGUGACAAUGGAAAAUGUUGAGGAGGCUGAUAGAUGCAUAAAGUAUCUGAAUCGCUCUGUGCUUGAAGGGCGUGUCAUCACAGUAGAGAAGGCUAGAAGGCGAAGAGGUCGAACUCCAACCCCUGGGAGGUAUCUCGGGUUGAGGACUGUUCGGGGUCGCCGCCGUUCUUUGAGCUCCUCCCCUCGUCGCUCUCCUAGUUAUUCUCCUUACAGAAGAAGCUACAGCCGGUCGCCAUAUUCUUCAGAUCGCAGCAGGAGCCGUUCUUACUCUCCGUAUCACAGCCGGCGGAGCAGGAGGAGGUCCCAUUCGCCUUAUGACCGACACAGAUACUAUUCUCCAUAUGACCGACGACGCAGAUUGUAUUCCCCUUACAGCAGGUCACCUGUGAGGAGGCGUGAUAGAUCAUACUCUCCUUAUGACUCACCUGAUGAUCGCUACUACAGACAGCACCGUUACAGGUCCAUUUCCCCAAGUGCCUCCCCAAGGCCAAGGAGGGGCUCUAGGAGGUAUUCUCGCAGUGUCUCUCCUGUGAAGAGGAGGAGCUCAAGAAGGAGCUAUUCUCGGAGUCUGUCCCCUAGGCCAAGGAGGAGUGCACGAAUAAGGGGCUAUUCACCAAGUCUUUCCCCAAGACCAAGGAGGAGUUCACGAAGGAGCUAUUCUCGCAGCAUUUCUCCCAGGCCAAGAGGCAGCAGGAGAGGUGGCUCUUCUAAGCGUUAUAGAAGCUACUCAAGAAGUCCGAGUGUGAGUGCAAGUUCAAGAUCAGUAUCGAGGUCUCUUACUCCCAGAUCAGCUUCUCCUUGAGAUUUGCUGGUUCUGUGUUGGCUUUACCUUUAAUUAAUGGUAGAACUAUUAUCCGUGUGAACGAUAUAUCAUACAUACAUCUGGUAGUGUACGAGAAUUUUGUUGGUAGUUGAGUCAGGACGGGUCCUAUGUGGGUUAAUAAUUUCUGCUUGUGGCAUUUGUGGUGCGGAGCUUUGCUAGAUAUUGUCAUAUUCAGUGUUAUCACUUAUGAGGUGGAUAAUUUUAUUAUUUAAAUGCUUUGUGGAAAAGCGGAGUGCAAUGGCAAUGUAAUAUGCUGAUAUUUUCACCUGGUUGGUGAAAUUGAA